AUGUCACCUGCCGAUGUUGAUGUAGGAGAUUUUGUGGUAGCGGGUCCUUCAACGUCCUCCUCGUCUAUGGAAAAGGACAAAGUUGAUAGAGAUGAUAAAGAAUGUGAUGAUGAUGGUGACAGUGACGAUAACGAUGACGACAAUGUCGAGUAUGAGGGGAAUGAGGAAAAUGAGGAGAUUGAGGCGAAUGACGAUGGUGAUGGUAAUUAUCGUCAUGAUGAUGAUAAUAUUGAUGAGCCUGACGAGGAUGAUGAUGAUGAUGAUGAUGAUGAGGAGGAAGGGGAGGAGGAUCAUCAGGAUAAAGAGAAUAUCGCUCCAAAUAAAUCACGCAUACAAUGGAAAAAGAAAAUGACGAGUGCUUUGAUCGAAAUUGUUUCAACUCUUAAUGAAAAAACAAGUUUGAAAGGAGUAAAAUUUUGGAAUAAAGUUAAAGAUUCAUUAAAGGAAAAAGGGUAUGAUAAAGCACCAGCGGAAAAAUGUAAAUCAAAGUGGGGUGGAUUGUUAAAGGGUUACGAUCGAAAUUUAAAGAAACUAAAACGAUCGGGCGCAAGUCCAGUGAGAUGGACGCAUUUUGAGGAAAUGCAUACAAUGAUGUUUAAGAAACCGACCAUCAGUCCACCAGCUAUCGCCUCAAGCAUCAAAGGAUACGAGAAAAGAAUUCGCGAGGAAACUUCUGAAAGCGCCAGCACCACAAAUGAAUUGGGUGACGAUUCAAAGAAAAAAAAAAUUAACCCGAAGAAAAACAUCAGACAGACUGAAUUAAUGCAACAAAUGUUGGAUAAUUCCGAAAGAAGGAGUAACGUAACUACGCAAUUGACAACUGAAGUUCUUGGUACAUUAAAAGAUAUGGUACAAGUUCUAAAAGAUUUCAAAAAAUAA